AAUAAAAAGACGAAGGAAAGAAAGAAAAACGUAACCCUCUACGGCUGCGGGUGUGUGCAGUUGGCCCGCUUCCGGGAAGGAAGGGCUGCGAAUUCUGAGCUGUAAGUGGAAAUCCCUCCUCGCCCCUCCCCCGGCCACAGCUCCAGACGUUUGGGCUGUGGGCUGGGGACACGGGCUGAGCAAGGAGGGAGAGAUACGAAGCUUCUGGUUCACUUCUGCUUCUCUGUAACUGCAAUUCGAGAAUUUUCGCACCAGAGCCGCUAGUGUUGCAAGCAAACGUGGUUUUGGUGGUGGUAGUGGUGGUAGAGUUGCGGUGGGGGCAUAGAUUCUUGGGGUCCUGGGCUCAGAACUUUGGAUCUUUCUGAGUUGCAUGUGCCGCGGAAGACAGGUACAUUUCUGAGGAGGCCUGUGGGGUCUCCAGGAAGACUAUCCCAUUUAAGUCGAUGGUAGUGGCAGGAGAACCGAGGAAAAGAUAGUGACCUUUCCCUUACUGCAAAAUGGAGAUGACUUUAUUUUAAUGGGAGAUGGAAUGAAGGAAGGCGGGAGGAGCCAGGCACCCAUCCUCUCUGGUGAGACACCCUCUCUUCAGGGUGGAAGAAACUGGUGCUUGGCUCUGGGCCAGGUUUCUUUGCCUUCCAGGGUGGGCAGCCUAGUUGACUUCCUGGGGGCUGUGUUCACCCCCAGGAGUGGAGAUACCGCCCAGUUCAUAAUUCCUCUCUAUUAAUCAGGCUGGCUUAAGUGAAACGGGCUCUGGGCUCCAGGCUGGAAAAUCUGGUGUCCCCAGGAUACCCUGGUUUUGCCCCCUUCCUGCUGCUGCCCCUGCUCUGGGUGCUUAUCUCUGCCAGGGCUCUUCGCUUGCAAACCCAUUCGGCACCCUGUAGCUGAACACAGCACAAAAAGCCCGAGAGAUCAAAAGCAUUUGUAUGGGCAGUUGAGCGGGAGGUGAAUAUUUAACGCUUUUGUUCAUCAAUAACUCGUUGGCUUUGACCUGUCUGAACAAGUGGAGCAAUAAGGUGAAAUGCAGGUCACAGCGUCUAACAAAUAUGAAAAUGUGUACCCUCACCCGGGUCCCCACCCGGCCCAGCAGGCUCCCCCAAUUUGUCUGGAUAAAGCCUAGGCCCAGUGUCCCCAGGCAGGUGGGUAUGUGGGAGCAUUCGGCAUUAGGGGAAGUUGGGGGGAACCACCCCCUUCAACAAGGAAAUUUGGCUUGGGGCAGCCUCAGACUCUGGUUAGAAUUGGCACCCAGGAAAUCCCUACAAAAUAGCCACAGCACUGGAACCAAAGGAUGGGGGGUGUGGUGGGGAGCAUGCAAAGUGCAGAGUAGAAGCAGGCAGCCAAUUUUGCCAGGCUGAGAGGCAGAAAGGCGUUUCUCUGCUCUACCCCACCAGAUGAAGGCUGAGGCUGAAACUAAUUUUUGAAUCACAAGGAGGAAAUUAAAACAAUCAAAAAAAAUUCUUUCUAGCACCUCUGGCCUAUGUUCACAGAUCCAAAACCCGGACUUGAGCCCGGGGCAUCCUUCUGCCCCUGAAAUCCAUCCCGGCCCUGAGUGAGUCCGUGUUCUUGGUGCCCUAAACCGAGGGGGUGAGCCCUAGACAGCGCUGAGGCACUGGGGCGGGCGGGUGCAACUCAUGAACUUUUGUACUCUUGUGUGCUGCUGUCGGCAAAGCAAAAAUAAUGAAACUUUGUGAUAUGUUUGUAAAUGAUUUCGAAUGACCCCUCGCCCUGCCCUUCACCAUUAGCACUCCGACCCCAGCCCAGGGCAGCUUGGUGCCUGCAAGCAGUGCCUGCCGCAGGGUCUGCAGCUCUGGACGGAGAGGACAGCCCGGCACAGGGCCCAGGAAGGUAAAUGCAAGACCUCUUGGGGAACUAGCUUUGUCAGCCAACCUGGCUUGCCCCUGCACUGGGAAGAAGAAUGGGCAGAGGAUAUUCUCCUCUUGCAUCUUUUCUCCUGCCACUAAGGGCAUUUGCUCCUUUCUGGAAAAUACCACUUGAUAAGGGGGAGGGGGUGGAUCUAGAGAGGAGGGUAAUAAAGCCCCCAUUUCUGGGAUGGAUUAUUUUUUCUUCUUUUCUUUCUUUCUUAAGAAGAGUGUCCUGUCUCCUUGGCUGCUCGGUAACUCCGGCCCUGGUGCAAGGAUGGGGAACUCGUUGCUGCAAAUUGUCACCGAGCUCUUGAAGCUACCUGAACCCUCUCUGAAAGUGCGAGUGGCUGCGUCGGCCGGUGAUGGCUCCGAGGAAGAGGCCGGGGCUGGCAGCGGUCUGGGUACCCACUCUAGGUGAAACCCGGAGGUAGUAACGUUGUCUAUAUAUACCCUGUAGAACCGAAUUUGUGUGGUAUCCACAUAGUCACAGAUUCGAUUCUAGGGGAAUAUAUGGUCGAUGCAAAAACUUCAUGUUUCUCCGAAAUAGCCAUAGUCGGAAGCUGAGGCCAGAGGCAGCCGGGUGAGGGUCAGUUUCCUUUCUGUUUUAUUACCUUAGACUCCAGGAAGAUGGACUGAGCCUGGUGACACGGGGGGAGCCUUUUCCCCGAAGCCCCUCACGUUUAAACAGAGGUUCCCGUGUAAACCCUUAAUUGGUUGCAUGAAUGCAGGGCCAAAGGGCUAGCUUUUGGGGAACUGGGGAGCAAGGUGGAAAGCCAGGUAGCCCCAGCCCCAACUCUGCCCUCAAGGAGCAUGAAGUGAGGUCAGAGGGUGCCCAGUGAGGAGGCUCACAGGUCGUUGACUGCCACGUGGGAAAAGGGAGUGCAGGGUCCUUUGGAGCCUAUCUGGGUGAGGUGGGGGUGCCAUCAUCACCUUCCAGGCCCACCCCUCAGCUGUAUGAGCUGGGUGGAGGGCGGUCUUGCCAUACCUGUAAGACCGACUUUGGCUAAAAGCACUCCAUCCUGGGCACUCACAGAAAGCUUGGCAGUUACUCAUGGCCUGAUUUGAUUCGGGCCCGCCAGACUGUUGUAACUUUUGGGUGACCCUGAGGAAGACAAAGCCGGGACUCGGCCUUUGUAUGGCAGAGUCCCCGUUCCCGCGGGCGGGAGCCCUGCCUGCCUGGGGUACUCUGCCCAACUCAGAGGCUGCCUCACCCACCGGCCUUUUGGCAUUCUGCAGCCUGACAGAGUUGGGGUUUCAUUCCCCCAUGAACUGUACCCAUUUUGGGGGGCUGUAUUUCAGCGGGGGUGAGUGGAGAGGACACUGGAGGUUAACAAAGUCAGUGGCAGACAAAAGCUGGGAUUACCUGCCAGGAAUGAGGGUGCGGGGAAUUGGAGAACUACACUAACAUCUGGCGGGGGCCCUCAAAUGUGCCAUGGCGAGUCAUUUGAUUACACGUAUGUUAUUUAGUUAAAUUUGUGAAAAUUAUGAGAUGCUCACCAACCCGGUGAUAAACUCGCUUCCUCGCUAUUGGCUGGCUUGGUCACAUGGCCGCCAACUUUAUUCAGUUGACAGCAAGUAGGAGGGCCCUAUGGAAGGAGAAAAAAAGACAACACGAGAAAAAUUAGUAUUUUCUACCUUCUGAAAUUAAUGGCCAUGAGUUCGUAUAUGGUGAACUCCAAGUAUGUGGACCCCAAGUUCCCUCCGUGCGAAGAAUAUUUGCAGGGCAGCUACCUAGGCGAGCAGGGCGCCGACUACUACAGCGGAGGCGUGCAGGGUGCAGACUUCCAGCCCCCGGGGCUCUACCCACGGCCCGACUUCGGUGAGCAGACCUUCGGAGGCGGCGGGCCCGGGCCCGGCUCGGCGCUACCCACGCGGGGUCACGGGCAAGAACCGGGCGGCCCCGGCGGCCACUACGGAGCCCCAGGAGAGCCGUGCCCCGCGCCCCCGGCGCCGCCGCCCGCGCCUCUGCCCAGCGCCAGGGCCUGCAGCCAGCCGGGCGGCCCCAAGCAGCCGCCCCCCGGGACGGCACUCAAGCAGCCCGCGGUGGUCUACCCAUGGAUGAAGAAGGUGCACGUGAAUUCGGUGAACCCCAACUACACUGGCGGGGAGCCCAAGCGGUCUCGGACGGCCUACACCCGGCAGCAAGUCCUAGAACUGGAAAAAGAAUUUCAUUUUAACAGGUAUCUGACCCGGCGCCGUCGGAUUGAAAUUGCUCACACCCUGUGUCUCUCUGAGCGCCAGAUCAAGAUCUGGUUCCAGAACCGGAGGAUGAAGUGGAAAAAAGACCACAAGCUGCCCAACACCAAAGGCAGGUCCUCGUCCUCGUCCUCCUCUUCCUCCUCCUGCUCCUCCUCAGCUGCCCCAGGCCAGCAUUUGCAGCAGCUGGCCAAGGACCACCACACGGACCUGACGACCUUGUAGAAGUGGGGACCCUGGGCCCAUUCCUCCCUGCGCUCCCGGCUGAGCCGAAGCUGCGGGGGCAGGCCAGGCUUGCUGUCACCUCCCUGGGCUCUAAGGUACUGUGGGGUGGACCUGGGAUACGCAGGCCGCCCUGGGACUAGGUUAGCAUCCUGCCCGAGGGCAGCCCCCUCCCUGAAGCGGGAUGGGGGUGGGAGGGGGGCGGGAUUCUCUCUCUAAGUAUAUUAUCAUAUGGCAGGAGCUACUGAGAACAUAAACCUUGGCGAGUCAUUAAACUUAUGAAAAUCUCUGCUGUUGGAUUUUGAAUUUGCAAAUGAAGGUUGGAUGCUUUAUCCCAGUGUGAAUUUGAACAUCCUCCCCCACCCCACCCCUCCAGGGAUCUUGGUGGCUUAAUAAAGUAGGGGAGUUGAGGCAGCAGGUUGGCCAUCCCUGUGCUAGGUGCUUUCAGUGGAAACAGGAAAGCUGGGCCAGGAUUUCUGAACUUUCUGGGUUAUCUGUAUAAUAUCCGGUGUGAAAAAAAUAUUUUGCUCCCGGUGGCCCCAUGCCCAAAGAAAUGAGUCUAAGAAGGAAGUGGAAAUGGGUUGGGUUAUUUUAUGUUUAGAUUAUAUUUGCUUAAAUAUUUAUUUGUUGGGGGAUGGGGGACAGAAAUAACUGACAUCUUAAUGCCAAAAAUCUUAAGAAGGUGAAAGGGGCUGAGUUUCAGGGAGAAUAAUCAGAGAUGUGUGGACUAACUUCUGGCUGUAACUGGCAUUUUGAACUCCACCCCUCCCCACUCCCCGGAAAUGUGUGUAGGGGGCCCUUAACCCUUUUAGAGGGAAGCAAAGGGUCCACUCAAAGUUGAGUUCUUGAAAAUAUAUUUCCACAUGUGCUUUUUUCAGCACUGUGCUUACAACUAGUUCUGGGUGAUUAAAGGAAAGGGAAAAGAGAAAGAAACAAAUGGUCCAACAUUUUCCUUCUGGGGAAAGAAAACAACACCUCUAUGUUCUGGGUCAUUAGAUUGUGACUGAAUUUUCUAUUCCAACUGGAUUCCAAAUGCUGGAUUCCAAAUAACCCAUGUAGCAGUAUUUUAUAGGAAUUGGUGUACGGCCUAUAUGGGAGAGGGGGUGUGUGGUGGGGAGAAAGUGGGAAGGUGGGGAAAUCUUGCUGUAAAAAAGAAAGAGAACACUAAUUGAAUCUAGAAGCCCACAAAAGUUGGUCUUAGGGUUUUUUUCCCUGAAGUUUCUUUUAUUUUUUAAACAAGUGUAAGGAAGUUUUUCUCAACCCAUUGAUUAGAGGCAGAGAUUAUAAAAGUAUAAAAGUUUUAGGCCCUCCUCCUUGCCUUAAGAAUAGUGGUUUCAUAACAAUCACUCUCAAACAACAGAGGAGUGAUGUUCUUUAGUCAUUUUUCUUAUGCCUUGCCUGAGGAUUCAAGGCUCAUUUUUCUAAAAUGCUGACCCUUAAGGCUAAGGGGGGGGGGGGGGAAGAGUCAAAGGGAAUGGCCAGAGUUCAUAUACUCAAAUGAAACAGACUUUGGAAGUUUAAACCCCAAAGCUGUGGGCUCCAAAAAGAAACCCCUGGUUGUAGCUACCAAAAAGUGACAAAAGAGGGGAGGGGAAAAGGAUGAGCUUGAAAGAGAGAUUAAGAAUUGGAGCUAUUUUUUUUUUCAGUGCUUCAGAAUGCUUUAUAAAGUUCAGAGAUAAUUUUUUUAAAUAUAUUUAAGUGGAGGGAGAAAAAAAAAAAGACUUUUUCUGCACGCAUGUUCUUUGGUGUCUCCUGAGAGCUGAGAGCAGGUAUUCACUGGAGUCCCUAGGCUGAAAUUCCACUUCUCUAAAGUAUCUUCCAAGCCUUGGUCUUUUGUAUUAGACCCUGGGGACAGCUCUUUGUUCCUCCUUGGGGUGAGCCUGGCUCUCAGACUUGCACAUGGCAAUACUUGAAUAUCGCCACGUCGGGAUAUUAAAGAUGGAUAUUCCUGCAUUAUUCGCAUCAUUGUUUCUAUGACAAAAAGCAAAGAGUUCAUACAUAGUCAAGACGUCUUUUUUCUGACGCCCUCACGUUGAGAAGCUGAAAAGGUAUUUUACUGAAGUUCGGCUAAAUUACAGAAUCAGGUUCAUCCAGAGGACAAAUUUUCUAUUCGAUUAGCUGUAUUUCAGCCGGGAGGACUGACCUCUAAACCCUUAACCUUUUGGACUCUAACUACCCUUCUCUUCUUUUUUUCCCCCUCUAAUGGGGAGAGCAGUCUUUGGAUGUAGCAUUUGAAAAGAGCCGCUAUCGUUAGAGGCAAGUUGGAAAGUUGCUAAGAUUCUUUCCUAAAGCCCAAAUCUGCGAAUAUAUUGAACCUUCUCCUUGGGAGGGGGGAAAAGUAUAUAUUUUCACGACACCCAACUACAUAUAUAUUAUAAAGAUUAUUAUAUAGAUUUCCCCAUUCCCAGAAGUUCAGGUUAUCUACCCCAGCUUCAGACCAAAUGCCAAAACUGCUUCACUGACUUCACCCAUGUCCCAGAGGAAAGCCAAGAGGCAUGUUUUGAUGAAGAAAACCCACCUUCUUCUCAAACAUAGCUUCACUACUUUGAAAAGUAACUUAAUCAGAGAAACAACUUCUUUGUUUAUAAGUCUCAGUUCUCCUCAGUUUCCAGGGAUUGUCUUUUGAAAUGUUAAUGGAGCUUGGAUGGCCCAGGGGGCAGUCCUCAACCCUGUGGUCCCAAUCGGACCCCAGCGUCCAUUUGGGCCCACAGGAGUGGGGCAGGGGAGAAGCAGCAGCACCCCCCCCCCCCUUCUCAAAACCACCUAGGGCAGGGAAGGAAAUGAGUUUCCAUCUGGGAACAUACUCUGGAGAAACCUAGAUGUGGAAAGGCUCAGUGCCCAUUUGCUUUCAUUUGUUUCCAGUUUGUUCCCCCAAAUAUGAGCCAGAAGUGUUUGUUUUGGUGUUGUUGUUUUUUUUAAGCUGUGUUGGGAUCGUGACUGGGGAGGAGUGAAGUGUUUACCGAGGACAUUGCUCCUCAGACUCCCAUCUCACUUUGUCCAUUGCAGCCUUUUGUUGGGAGAUGACAUUGUCUGUCAGCCCCAUGGUGUCUGUUCACACAGGAUGCUUUUUUAAUAGAAUUGACCAAUGUUCUGCUGCCACUGAUUAAAGUAUUAUUUAUACUAAUUGUUGCCUGUAGUUUUGAUGUAAUUCAUUGAUCUAUAUUUGAAAUAAUAAAAGGUGUAGCGAAACUUC